UUUCUCACAGCAAACUUAUCAGCUAUCAGUCAUGGUUUAAACAAUAUACCUAAAUACUUGUUAUAGAGCAACGUAUAUAUAAAAAAGUAAUACCUUGAUUCCAAGAUUAAGUUUUGACUAUUGUCAAAGUUUUACUAUAUUUGUAAAUAUCUUAAAAUUAAAAAUACGAGAAAACCUAACCUAACAUAUACGUUGUCAAACUUAAAAUGGAAAUCAACCCUUUGAGUAUAAUUCUUGUAAAAAGCGACAGUAAGGGAGACCGAAUGCUCUUUCGUUAUCCUCAUGCAACAAAUAAUGUUCGAGAUUCUAGUCAAUGUACAAGAAGAAAAAACCCAUACUCGCUAACCAUAUCAGAGGACUUACUACAGUCCUUGCCAUGCCCAACUUCCAAUAUAAGCAAUGGAAACUUGACUGGUUUCUCUGACGAAGUUUUAUCUACCCUUUUUGCUGUCAAACCAGAACUCUGCGAAUCAAAGUUUGAGCUUAAAGUAAAUAAUGUUCGUUUUGUUGGACAUCCAACACUUUUACCAUCACGUGGAUUGAAGGAAGUCAAUCCUUCGAAGCUUUUCAAUGUUGUUUUUGCUCUACCUGCCCAAGCAAGCCAUUCAGUUGUCAAAUGUUAUUACGAUCUUAGCAAAAGACUAGGAAUAGCAUUAAGACACGAAGAAAAACGAUGUGGAUUUCUCUCAGAAGAAAUAAAAAUCAUGGUAUCCACUCACGACGAGGUAGCAGCCAGGUAUUUAGUUAGCAAAAAAUUAUACUUUAUUAGGUCAGAGGAAGAGAGUGAUUGCGAUGAAUCACCAUAUGAAUUGAUAUUACAAAAAAGCCUACUUGCUAGAGACCUGAAGUCAGUGUUCAAUAGUCUAUGUACUUCAGGUGUAAUCAAUAUAAUGAUCAACAAAUGGAUUCAAGUGAGCUUCUGCCUACCUCAAAAGGUUCAUCAGUCUCAUAAGAAAGGAUUUAUCAUGAACCCAGAGAUAAUAGACAGAUGUUUAGACAGCCUAAGACCGUACCAUGGUUUGUUGUUAUUGCUCGAACCUCAUGAUUUGUUGGAUUCAUUACCAACAGAUUCGUCACCGGCUCUUAGACGCCUAAUACAAAUGUACAAUCCUUUAAAAAGUCUACAGACUUUAGCCGCAGAUUCAGAUCUGGCAUUAACACAAGUUUUCCAGUUAACCGGGCAUUUGGUUUACUGGGCAAAAGCUACAAUUAUAUAUCCACUCUGUGAAAAUAAUGUUUAUGUUGUUUCACCUGAUGCCGUUUUAACGGCUCAGCUGCUUGAUGCAUUUUCUGAGGAAUUUCCAGGACUCUGUCUGUUACAGGUAAUUAGCGAGUUCUCUUUGCCCACAUCAAUAAGUCAAAAAUUAAAUCCUUUGAGCCAAUCGCAACAACAAACGCAGGUAGUGAAAAUAAUCAUUUGGUUACUGAAGAAUCAUUUGCUGUUGCAACUUCACACAUACGUACAAUAUAUGCCUACUGUUCACGGCCGCAUCACAAUGGAAACAAAAAGUUCAGAUGAUCCUAGUCCAUCCGGACUAACAGAAAACGAUCACAGUUGGGGUAUGAACGAUACGCCGAAAGGAACACCUAACGAUUCCAAAACUGAUAUCCAGUUGCCAAUAGAUAAAGAAAGUGGCAUUUUUGAGUACCAAUCCGACACUUUUCCCAUUGCUUCAGACGAUAUGUUGCUAAUGGACAGACUAUGCAGAUUAGGGUACUUCACAGGCGGUCACCACUUGGAAGAGAUAAUGUACUUGGAAAAUAUUCGUAGAUCCCAACUGUUACAAAUACUCGACAAAUUCCGUGACGUUCUUAUCACUUGCGAAUCAGAAGAUCCAGCCAUAGCAUUGUUUUACUCACAACUGAAUUCUUAUUAGAUGUGAAAAGUGGUAAUGAAAAAUGAAACAUAUAACGCGCAUAAAAUCUAUACUGACAUAACUUUUAAUUAACUGUGAUAAUUGUACUAUUCCUUAUUAUCAUUAUUUAUAAAAGAAAAAUGUUUUUAAUAAAAUAAAACAAAACAAAACGUUCAA